GAAGUGCAUGGCAGAGCCCCGGCCACCCUGGGUGCCGGCCUCGGGGUCCCCGCCGCGCCAGGGUGUGGCGCCGGGUCGGGCUCGAGCCGCGGAGAUCCUCGCGCAGAGCAGCCUCCGUUCGUGGCCGCGCAGAACGGAAAGAAAACACGAUUUCCUGGCAGGCGAGGACAAGAGUUUAUGUCCCUAUCGGAAGCAGCGUCCAGGGAAGCGGGGAAGGAUGUAGGCCCACAGCCCUGGGCCGGAGGAGCGCGCCGUCUGCCUCCAGGUGCGGUCAGGAUGGGCCCCACGGGCAAGCAGAGCCUCUCGUCCGUGCCGGUCCCCAUGGGAGGGUCUUGCCUCCUCCUCCUCUUCUGCCUUCGCCUGGGCACCUCCUGCCCGCAGAGCUGCCAGUGCCCCGACCACGAUGGGGCCGUCGCCGUCCACUGUAGUGCGAGCGGCCUGCAGGAGAUCCCCAAGGACAUCCCCGCCAACGCCGUGUUCCUGAAGCUCGACGCCAACAAGAUCGCCCGCGUCCCCAACGGAGCCUUCCAGCACCUGAGCCAGCUGAGAGAGCUGGACCUGUCCCAGAACGCCAUCGAGACCAUCGGCCCCGCUGCCUUCUCGGGCCUGGCCGGCGCGCUGCGGCUGCUGGACCUGUCUCACAAUCGCAUCCGCAGGAUUCCCAAGGACGCCCUGGGCAAGCUCAGCGCCAAGAUCCGCCUGUCCCACAACCCCCUGCACUGUGAGUGUGCCCUGCAGGAGGCCCUGUGGGAGCUGAAGCUGGACCCCGACUCGGUGGAUGAGAUCGCCUGCCACACCUCCGUGCAGGAGGAGUACGUAGGGAAGCCGCUGAUCCAGGCCCUGGACGCCGGCGUCAGCUUCUGCAGCACCCACCACAAGACCACCGACGUGGCCAUGCUGGUCACCAUGUUCGGCUGGUUCGCCAUGGUGAUCACCUACAUCGUGUACUAUGUGCGUCAGAACCAGGAGGAUGCCAGGAGACACCUGGAGUACCUGAAAUCCCUGCCCAGCACCCCCGUGUCCAAGGACCCCCUCAGCCCUGCAUCCUAGUGCCCGUGGAGGGCCAUCACUCUGUGGCAGGUGGUGACUGACUCCGGCUCCUGGUGUCCCCCCGGCCAGGUGGGAGUCACAGCUGCUUCUGGGCAGUGCACACUCUGAUCAAACACUUCCUCCAAUUGCACUGAGUCACCGCAGUGCCCUUCGAGCCAGGUGAUGUUACCGUCAGACCCGCUGAGGGAGGAAGACACGAAAGCUUAGAGAACGGACUGACUUGCCUGUGAUGUCACAGGAAACGAUCCAGUCGGGACUUAAAACCAGGCUGCCUCUAAGUGUCCCUUCCACUCGCAAGCCUCUCCCGUGCGGCACCGUGGGAGUGAACGCAUUCAGAGAAGGAGGGGCUUGUGUCCAUGACUACGAGUGUCCACGGUGGAGUUUGGGGUGCAGAUUCACCCGUUGAAGGCACAGGUGACCCUACACUGAGGAACGGACGCGCCUCUGCUCCCCUAGUAGUUCCUGAACACAUUGGACCACAGAAUCUGUCCAGAGCCAAGUAUAUAGGAGAGGCCAGGAGAGGGAAGGGGGUGAACAACCGUGUUUAUUCUCAAAUGAUUGUGAGGAAUA